UCACCAAAGGUUUACAACCUUCCGGACAACGAAAACCUUCCUCUGUCUCCCGCUCGAUAGCUUCGAUUCAAAACAAGAUUCAAUGGAGUUCAAAAAUGAACUUCAGAUCCUGCACAACUGCUUUGCCUGCCUGCGACAUUCGGAAGAUUCCUUGCAAAUCCUAUGCGACACAACAAGCGUUCUGAAUUCGGUAACUGUCGUUGCGCUUUUGACCAAAUACUUCUGGUUCCAUCACGAUGAUUUCAACGCGGACCAUGUUCUGUGCCGGAAGUGCUUGAAUCGGUUGGACGAGUUCCACCGUUUCUAUCUGGAAGUGGAACGAAACCAUUGCUCGCUGAACCUAGCGACGCCGGAGGUCGGCAACUAUGAGGUCAAACAGGAACGUAAAGAAGAACCACUGGAUGCGCUGGGAGCGACCGAACCCGCUCAAAUGGCAGUGAAGGUGGAGAAUUUGGACGAAUUCGAAGAGGAAGCCUCCGAUGAGGAAACCAAAGCGGACGACUGCCUUUCGGAUGAGGAGCACAGUGACAAGAAUGAGAGCGAACCGGAGGAGAUCAAACCAAAACGAAAGUAUACAAAGCGAAUCAAGACGGAGGCACCGGUGGUUAAGCGGAAAGCGAACUAUCAGGUGAAGGAUGCUAAGCAGUUGGCCGAAGAAGACGACAUAAUCAAGACACAUGUGCAGUACAUUUGCGAGGCGUGCGGCAGCAACUGUCCGACGUUUACGCAGCUUCAAAAGCACAUGACGAACGUGCAUGGAAUGAAGGGAUGUAUCACCUGCUGUGGAACGCGGUACCACAAGAAGGUCCGUUUACUGGAACACGUGCAGAAGCUUCAGGAUCCGGAUCGCUUCAAGUGUGAUGUCUGUCACAAAAGUUUCGUCAAUAAUCACGGGAUUCAGCGGCACAAGCAGGAAAUGCACGUCCCAGACGAGCUGAAGAUUUUCCAUUGUGAUCGUUGCCCGAAGCGAUUCGCCAAGGAAAGUCAGCUGGCGUUCCACCUCAAAGGGCACGACAAUCUAGACAACGAAACGGCCAAAUGUUUGUCCUGCGAGCGAGUUUUCCAGACGGAGUCGCAACUGAAGGUGCACGUUAAAAUUCGACACACACGUCCCACGGAUUACAUCUGCGAUGUCUGUGCGAAAGGAUUCUACUCGAAGACGGAGUUCCUUCGACAUAAGAAACUGCACGAACUGCGUCCGGAGGAUCUACGGGUCCAGUGUGACAUUUGCCAUCAAUGGUUGAAGAAUAAGCUCAGUUGGCGAAAGCACUACCGACGCCAUAACCAGGGCCCAUCGGCUUGCGAUAUCUGUGGGCAUGUGUCACCCAAUGCUGUUGCACUGGCCCGGCAUAAGCGGUACCUACAUCGAACGGAGCCCAGUUUCGCUUGUCAGGAUUGUGGCAAGCAAUUUAAACGGGCCAUCGGACUUCGGGAGCACAUGGCCUCACACACUGGCGAGGCACUGUACACGUGCAGUUUCUGUGAUAAAACGUUCAACUCCAAUGCCAACAUGUUCUCCCAUCGAAAGAAGAUGCACCCGAGGGAGUGGUUAGAGCAGAAGAAUGCGCAGCUGGCAGCGCAGCAAGGAGUAACUGCAGCGGGAAGUUUGCAGUGACUUUUCUGUGUGGUUAUUGUGGA